CUCCUAGGAGAGAACAAAGCCCUAACCCAUGAGCAAACUAGGGUUUACGCUUCGUCUCUGAAACUCAAAAUAAAAUUCGAAAAUGGCGGUUUUUGCGGGAAAUAUCAGGUUCACAAUCUCAUCCCAGCUUCAAUGUCGAGUGUUCUUCAUCCCCUGGGUGAAGAAGAACAAUGUCACUGCCAUCACAUGUUUGCAGAGCAGAGACUAUUGUUCAUCAGUUCCGGUUAGGUACAUUCCUAGGAGAUCUUCUAAGAUUGACAAACCGGAAAGUCCUCUGCCUAUAAAGGGUUCCAAGAAAAAUGAAUUUCGGGACUAUUCAGAUGGAAUACAGAGAAAUUUUGUUUCUGAUGAGGAGAAGUCUCAGAAUCAGGAUCAAAUGCUGAAGAACAUCGUGUUGUUUGAUGAUGCUGAACAAGACUAUGAACUCAUGGAAGAGCCUGAGGAGGUUGUUGAAAAGUUCAGUAUUCAUCAAGGGAAGGAUUGUGAAGAGGACGUAUCAUGUGCCUUUAAAACUAAGCAAGAUGCAGAAAAAUUUGCAAUCAAACUACUUGCAACAAGAUCAUUCACAGCUGUUGAAAUGACAAAGAAAUUGCAGGGGAAGAGAUUUUCACCAGAUACAGUGGAGGCAGUCAUAAAUGAUUUCCAGAGAAGGGGGUUUAUCAAUGAUAGCUUGUAUGCGGAAAUAUUUUCUCGGUCUAGAUGGUCUACUUCAAGUUGGGGACCAAGGCGUAUCAAGCAGGCACUCUUGAUGAAAGGAGUACGUGAAGUUGAUGCGGAGAAGGCAGUAAAACUGGUUUUUGAGGAUGGUAAAUCUGGCGAUCAACAUUCAAGUGUCGGUUUGUCAAAGCUUUCCAUGGAUCAUUUAUUUGUUCAGGCCUCAAAGCAGUGGCUCCGAGGUCGAGAUGUGCCGAAAGAGACAAGGAAAUCAAGGAUAGUUCGGUGGCUUCAGUACCGUGGGUUCAACUGGGGUGUUGUCAGCAUCAUAUUAAAGAAGUUAGAAUCACAGUAUCCUCCCUAGGGCGCCAGUAGGAUCUCUUACUUCCAUUGCUUCUAAGAAGUGGGAUGAUAUGCUAUAUUCAUCACUUCACUUGUAAAUUGUGUGAUAUGGACAGGGUUACACUCUCAAUUGAAGGGCGCUGUUCUGGCCAGAAAAAAGUUGGUCACUAUAGGCCUUACACUCCAAACUGCUGCAUCAGCUACCCCAGAGUCAUCUUAAAUUACCUUUGUGACAGUACAGACAUGCUGUUGGUGGGAUCAAUAUUUUUAUUUCUGGAUGUAGAAAUUCUCAUGUGCCACUGAUAACUCUUAGCGAAAUCCAGUUGUUUGUGUGGUGUAUCUAUUUUCUCAUUUUGACGGUAGUUACUCGAGUAGUUGAAUGUAGAUUCAAUUCAUAUUUGAAA